AUGUCAGGGUGGGACGAGGGACAGGUGUUCUACAGCAACCAGUCGUUCCCCGAGUCGGAAGGGCCGGCCGGCGACGACGCGCUGGGCGACGCGGGAAUCACGCGAUACGCCGCGCAGAAGAAGCUUCGCGAGUUCGUGCGAAACUUCCACGAUCCGCAGUAUCAUGACCGCUUUAUCUACAGGUGCGCCGCGUGCGGUAACCCGCUGCCGUUACCAGCACAGCACAGCAGGCCACCUCGCACCGUGCGGUCCCCGCCCCCGCUCAACGUGGGCCCCUCCCUUCCCUGCGACCAGCUGGGCUUUAAAAUCCCUCACAAACCGACGGAUCCGCGCCGUGAGGUUCCCGUCGUCCCCUGCGCGCCGUGCCCUCCCUACAUGCGGUCCGCGCCCUUCCUUACUCGCAAAUUCCCUCCUCUUAUCCCGCCUGUUCCUGCCUCUCAUGACCGGGGAUCACAUGGCCGCCGGGGCUCACAUGGCCGCCGGGGCUGCACAGCGUCAUACGCCGCCGUGUCCCGUUCCCCUCCUCCCACGGCAACCCCCCUUGCCCCCAUUCCGCAGGGAGCGGGUGCAGGAGGGGGUGGCGUGGUGGAGGUUGAUCCGGAGCACGUGGCGGAGGGGGGCGGCGUGGUGGAGGUGGACUUGGAGGACCUGGCGAGCAAGGAGGAGGGGCUGUGCCGCCUCAUGCGCACGCGCCCCGCUGACAUGCUGCCGCUGGUGGGUGGGAUGGGUCCCCAUGGAUCCUCAUGGAAUUUGAUUGCCCUGCUCUACUUUCCCUUGCCCGUGUGUCUUUCUCAACGUAGAGCAUUAGUUUCUCAUGAGCGCUCUGAGUGUCUUUCGUUAUGUAUUCGUCUUUCUCUCUGCCUGCCUGCUCCGCCUCCUCGCUUCUCCCGCUUCUGUGCUCCCUUCUCUCCCCCCACUCCUCCCUCCCUCUUUCUCACCCGCUUUGUGCUGACGUGGCAGUUGGAGGUGGCAGCAGCUGAGGUGGCAGCGAGCGUGCGGCAGAAGGUGAUGGGGGAGAGUGGGGAGCUGGAGGAUGCACGAGUGCCGCCCGUGCAGGUGCUGCUCAAGAGCUCCGAGGACGCCAUGCCCAUCAGGGCUUUAACGGGCUUUAACGGUGUGUGCCAUGCCCAUCCGGGCUUUAACGGCAGCAUGGCUCGUCUAUUGGGUGAAGAUAUCACGCAUUGUGAUCGCUCCGUUUCUCUGCCUCCCCCCUUCUCCCUCCACCCCCCACCAGGCGGCAUAAACAUCUCAUCUGGUGAAGAUCGCAAGCAUCGAUUUUCCACCUCUUCCCUUGCGGCACAGAUCGCCCAUCUGGUGAAGAUCUCGGGCAUCGUGAUAGCGUCCUCGCGAGCCAAGGCCAAGGCCACCUCGGUGGUGCUCAUGUGCCGCUCCUGCAAGAACGUCAAGGCCAUCCCCUGCCGCCCGGGCCUGGGUGGCGCCAUCAUCCCGCGCACAUGCGACCGCACCCCCCAGCCAGGGGAGGAGCCAUGCGGGGUGGACCCGUGGGUGGUGCUGCCAGAUAGGAGCGAGUAUGUGGACCAGCAGACGCUCAAACUGCAGGAGAAUCCCGAGGUAACUGAGGAGAAUCCCGAGGUAACUGAGGAGAAUCCCGGGGUAACUCAGGAGAAUCCCGAGCGUCCUGCUGGCGGUGGACCGCUGGUUGCUGGUGCAGCGCAGCAUGUGUGCUCAACAUACAACACCGACGUGCCAACGGGGGAGAUGCCCCGGAGCGUCCUCCUGGCAGUGGACCGCUCGCUGGUGCAGCGCAUCUCCCCCGGCACGCGCAUCACUGUGUUUGGCAUCUUUAGCAUCUUCCAGGCCUCCGAUAAAACCAAGUCGCGAGGGGCCAUGGCGGUGGCAAUACGGCAGCCAUACCUGCGAGUGGUGGGAGUGGAGAUGGCUGCGGAUGGCGCUGCCAGGUCCACUGCCUCCUCCUUCACCACUGAUGAGCCCUUCCCUCCUCCCUCUCCCUGCCCCACUCAAGCCCUUCCCCCCUCCUUCUCCCUCCCUGCCCCCCUAACAACACAGGAGGCGGAGUUCAAGGACUUCAGCUGGCAGGGCGACGAGGAGGCGGAGUUCAAGGAGUUCAGCCGGCAGGGCGACGUGUACGGCGCCAUAAGCAGCCAGAUCGCGCCGUCCAUCUUCGGCCACGCCGACAUCAAGAAGGCCAUCGCCUGCCUGCUCUUUGGCGGCGCGCGCAAGGUGGGCCGUGUGCGAGGGACGGCUGGGGAUCGCGAGAGCAGUAAGCUACUGCCAGAUGGCGCAAGGCUGAGAGGCGACAUCAACGUGCUGCUGAUCGGUGAUCCAUCCACCGCCAAGUCCCAGGCGAGUCAGCAUGAGUCACAGCUGAGUCGGCAAAUGUUGUUCCUCAAGUUUGUGGAGAAGACGGCACCUAUCGCCGUGUACACAUCAGGGAAGGGCUCCUCUGCUGCUGGCCUCACCGCCUCCGUCAUUCGCGAUGCCUCCUCUAGGGAGUUCUACCUGGAGGGCGGCGCCAUGGUGCUGGCAGAUGGCGGUGUGGUGUGCAUCGAUGAGUUCGACAAGAUGCGCCCUGAGGACAGUGGAGAGGCGAUGGAGCAGCAGGCGAUCAGCAUCGCCACGGCAGCCAUCACCACUCGCGCACCUCCCGUGUUCCCUGUGACCACCGUGCUUGCCCGUUCCAGCCGCUCGCACCAUGGGUGCUGCAGAGCAAUGGAGCAGCAGACGAUAAGCAUCGCCAAGGCGGGCAUCACCACUGUGCUCAACUCGCGCACCUCCGUGCUCGCCGCUGCCAACCCGCCCUCCGGCCGCUACGAUGACCUCCGGACGGCUCAGGAGAACAUUGAUCUGCAGAGCACCAUUCUGUCGCGCUUCGACCUCAUCUUUGUCGUCAAGGACACAAGGGACUUCAACCGCGAUCUCCAAAUCGCGCGGCACGUGGUGAACGUGCAUGCCAAGGCAGAUGCCGUGCUGGGGCAGGCAGACGAUGCCAUGGGCGGGCGGGCAGCCAUGGGGGACGGACCUGCAGGGGCGGGGGGCGUGGGGCACGCGGGGAAGGAUGGCGAGCAGGAAAACUGGCUCAAGAGGUACAUAGAAUUUGCUCGCACGCGCUGCUCCCCGCGGCUUUCAGAGUCAGCAGCAACGCUCCUGCAGAACAACUACGUGCAGAUCCGGCAGAACAUGCGGCGGAGGGCAACGGAGACGGGGGAGGCGUCAGCGCUGCCAAUCACGGUUCGCCAGCUGGAGGCCAUCGUGAGGCUCUCAGAGUCCAUGGCACGGAUGCAGCUCUCCCCAGUGGCCACGGAGGAGCACGUCACCGAGGCGCUGCGCCUCUUCCAUGUCGCGACGCUGGACGCCGCCCGGUCGGGCGUGGUGGACGGCGCAGUGCUGACGGAGGAGCAGCGGCGCGAGGUGCAGCAGGUGGAGGGCGCGGUGCGGCGGCGCGUGGCCAUCGGGGGCUUCGUGUCGGAGCGGCGCCUGCUGGAUGACAUCACGCGGUCCGGCAUCAGUGCGGCGAGCGCUGCUCAUCAUGGUGGCACGGGGAGAGGUGGAGUACCGACGGGAGAGGAGGGUCAUUUACCGCAAGGUCUGACCACCGCUUCUACUGCUGCUCUGACCACCGCUUCUACUGCUGCUCUGACCACCGCUUCUACUGCUGCUCUGACCACUGCUUCUACUGCUGCUCUCACGGCCGCCCUGACCGCCGGUCUCACUCUUGCUCUCACUGCUGCUCUCACUGCUGCUCUCACCGCCGCUCUCACUGUUGCUCUCACUGCUGCUCUCAUUGCCAUUGCAACUCUGACUACAGUACAACCACUGGUCUAG